AUUCACCAUUUAAUAUAAAUGUUUUGAAGUGUUGUACAGUGUCGGUAGAGGAGUGUGUGUUUUAUUAAUUCUAUUUUAGUAUUAAUUGAAUAAAUUUCUUCCUCUGUACGUACCACCUCAGUAAAAAAAAACUCAUUGUCUACCAGUAUUCCACAAUUCCUGCGGUCAAAGUUUAUCUAAUACAAAAUUUCGUUUGACGUGUUCAUUAAAAACGUAAUAUUGCAGAACGUUUCGAUUCCGUGAAAUCUUUUUGUAAUUAAAUUUUGUACACAAAAACAAUGCUAUCGGUUCGUAAUAAAUUGCUAUUUGGAUUGAAAUCCUAUCCAAAUUUGACACCGUGUCUUGUGAAAACAUUUUACUCAUAUUCACCGGAACCGUCUCAGCCACUCAACCGAGAACCGGCAAUAGUGUCGCCAGAGGAAGCUGUUAAAUGCAUUAAAUCAGGCAAUACAGUCUUCAUGCAGGGCGCAGCUGCCACUCCGACUAUUCUAGUUAAGGCAAUGGCAGAACAUGGCCGAAAUGCCAACUUACGUGAUGUUAAGAUUUGUGCUAUGCACACAGAAGGUUUGGCUGAAUAUACCGAUCCAGCUCUGGAAAAAGUUUUUCGUUCCACGUCCUUUUUCAUGGGCGGUAACGUUCGAAAGGCGGUAGCAGAAGGUCGUGCCGAUUGUGUUCCAAUAUUUCUUCAUGAAAUCCCUCAAUUGUUCCACAAAAAGAUUUAUUGUCCGGAUGUGGCUCUCAUAUCUGUAUCACCGCCGGAUCAACAUGGCUAUUGCUCUUUAGGCACAAGUGUUGAUUGUGUUCGUGCAGCUUUGAUGCACUCGAAAUGUAUUGUUGCUCAAAUUAACAAACAAAUGCCACGCACAUUUGGUGAUUCAAUCAUUCAUCAAUCUCACUUUGAUUUCGCCACCUGCAUCGACGAGCCGCUGCCUGCACAUGGCCACAAGCAACAAACUGAACAAGAAACGAAAAUCGGCCAACUCAUAGCAGAGAAUUUGGUCGAGGAUGGAGCCACAUUGCAGAUGGGCAUUGGAAACAUUCCGGAUGCUGUUCUGACCGCUUUGCACAAUCAUAAGGACUUGGGCAUUCAUUCGGAGAUGUUUGCUGACGGUGUUGUGGAUCUGGUGAAGAAUGGAUGCGUUACGAAUGCUAAGAAGACCAUUCACAAGGGACGUAUUGUUGGUUCAUUUUUGAUUGGAUCGAAGAAACUCUACGAUUUUGUCGACAACAAUCCGUUCAUUGAAAUGCUGGACAUUGCAUACGUGAAUAAUGUCGGUAUUAUUGCGAAAAAUCCUAAAAUGACUGCCAUCAAUUCAGCUUUGGAAGUUGACUUAACGGGACAAGUAAACGCCGACUCGAUUGGAACAAGAAUGUACUCCGGAUUUGGCGGACAGGUUGAUUUUAUUCGAGGUGCCGCAGAAGGCUUUGACGGCAAAGGAAAACCAAUCAUUGCCAUUCCAUCAGUUACGAAGAGGAACGAAUCGAAAAUUGUGCCCACACUGAAAACCGGCGCUGGUGUCGUAACAUCGAGAGCCCAUGUCCAUUAUGUCGUCACGGAGCAUGGCAUUGCGUACCUGUUCGGAAAAUCGAUUCGACAACGUGCCCACGCACUUAUUCAAAUCGCACAUCCCGAUCAUCGCGAGGCCUUAGAGAAGGCUGCAUUUGAAAGAUUAAAAUGUAUGCCAUCUCCUUAAAUGAAUUUUCGUUUCCUUUUACCAGCAGCCUGUAACGAUGAUAUGAAAAAUACUGAAAGUUAAAAUUUAAGUCGAAGCAGUACAUGUAUUGUGUCGUGCGACACUAUAUAUUCCCGUUUUUCUUUUCUGAUCAAUAAAGAUGUUUGGCAUUGAC